CCACAACACCUUCGUCCCGUCAAUCUCGAGCCUUCUCUCAGCUGCUUCGGAGUGCUCGGCUUCAAUCAGCCGCCAUGACUCUCUCAUCUGCUGAAUUGGCGCAAGACAGCAAAGGCGGCGGCCAAGCCAUGCGAGCAGCAGGCGGCCAGCAGCUUGUAGUCUCGCAACCGCUCAACAACGGUACGCAAACAGCAAAGUUGACAAAGCAAUCUUCAUCCGACAAUGACGGCGGUUCAUUCAAAGAUCAAGAACGAGGCGUCCUUGAUCAGCGUUUCAUCAAUGCUCCUACGGGAAUGAUCAAUCAACAGUCGCUCAGCACCCCAUCUACUACACUAGCUGGUCCCCCUCCAACUGGGGCUCGAGUCGUAGGUUCCUCUAUCCUCUGGACGCGGCAAGACGACUUCAAACUCAUCAGCGCUGUCAAUAAGUGGGGUCAUCAUUGGACGGCAGUGCGAGACGAGCUGGGCUGCGCACCAGGGAGCUUCCCUCGCACCGUCAAGGCGAUUGAGCAUCGCUACGCUCGCCUUGUACAGGAAGGCGUGGUAGAGAGCGUCAUGGCGGCCCGAGCUUCAUCAUCGUCGUCAUCGUCGUUGUCAUCGUCAGCAUCUCGGGCUGCUCCUCGCCCCGCUGCCUACUCUAAGCAAACACCCAGCACAGCACCACCUCCUCCACGUCAGGCUUCACUCAAGGCGGGCUUGGCCAAGUCAUCCGCUUCAGCCUCGAAACAAUCUCUCACCACCCUCACGACUGCCAAGACAGCUCGUCGUCAGCCCCAAGCAUGGACCGAACAAGAGACUGCCGUGGUACGCCAGCUCCAGCGCAAACACCCUGGUGACUCCACCGCCCUCGUCGAUGCUUUCGUUGCUACAUUUCCGGGCACGACUAGGAGCAAAUCGUCUAUUCAGAACAAGGCCUGGGACAUGAACAGGGGGAAGACGAAAGAUCGAGCUGUGGGAAAGAAGUAUAAGGGAGAGGAGGACGAUGAUGACGAUGGUGAGGAAGACAGUGAGAGCGAAGAGAAUGAUGAUAGCGAAGAGGAGGAGGAGCAAGAAACCGACGCAGAGCACAAUGGCGUCAAGCAGAGUCAGAUGCCCAGCGGGCCUGACUGCACGAAUAGCCUUCAACAGCAGCUCCCGGUCAAUCUCGACACCUCGAUCCACUACGAGCCCAGCGGCGUCCGCAUUCAGCACCCGCCCUGGGGUUUCCACUUUAGCGUCUACUCGCCCACACACGUCAACAUCAGUAGGGCAAAGUCGCAGCAGCAGGCCGCGUUCGCAAUCGAGGUCACCGGCGAGGGAAGCAUACUCGCUCACAACCUGCCGGUGGGGACUAGAUCGACCCUCACUAUCGUGCCGAUUGAGCUGGACGGGCUGAGUGAAGCUGAUCAGGGAGGCGGUCGAGGUACGGCAGUAGAGACGAGCUUUAUCGGGCCUGAUGGUUUCACGGUCCGAUUUGUGUCUAGAACGGCAGGUAGAGGCGAAGGAGCGUGGCGAAGGGGCUGAGACCGGCGUGGAACGGUGAUGAGGAAGAAGCGAGAAAAGGUAAAGGCCCUCCAAUGUCAUGGCUUAAUCGAAGGCUUGAAGACGAGAGGCCUCUCAAGCCUUUGAAGCAGGUGACGAGGUUUCAAUUGACCCGCAAAGAGGUACAGCGAGUGACAAUAAAUUGUGCCUCAGAUAUCUACUCGUCAUCCUCCUCGUCCUCUUCCUCCUCGCGCCUCUCUCUCUCCUUCUGGCACAGGGCAUACAGCCUUCUUCUCCUCUGCGGCAACGCGUCCGCCCGACUAGCUGCCU